AUUAAUUUAUGCUUAUUAUGAUAGAUUACAAUAUUCACUUCCUCCUUCUGCAACCUCUAUGACUUCCCAGCUCUACUGAUACUGAACUUAGCUGUGAUACUUGCUUCAGUCAAUAGAAUGUGGACAGAAAUGAUAUCAUAACAGUUCCAAGCCUGGCCUUAAAAAGUUUCACAUGCUUCCAUUUACCCCAGUAUCUCCCCUGAGAAGAAUAUGCCCCUGGUAGAUUCGACCUCUCUAGGAUGAGUUCUAGAAUGAGACACAUGGAGCACAUUUGAAUGUGACCCUCAGUCCCAUUUCUCCAGGUUGUAAACUACGCACACAUGCAACAAUGCAUUAAAGUCAGCAGUUGCAGGAAAAGCCAUCAUCACUACUUAGAAAACUGUAAGGGUGGCAGCUGUAAUGGGGAGGACAGAACACCAAAUUAGGUCUUAGGAAGGUGAAGCCACCUCAACUGACCUGCAGACCAAAGAGCAGAAAAUCAACUGAUUAACAUUGCGUAGCACUCAGAUUUUGUGAUGGUUUGUUUCACAAGAAGAGCUAAUUAACCUACCUAUUGUGACAAGUAAAAAUUUACAGAAAUCUAAUUUUUAAAGAGAAUAAAAUCUUCUCUCUAAUCCCACCCCUAACUAAGGUUACUAAUGAUAACCAUUUGGUAUAUAACUUUCUGCUGGUUUUUUUUUCAAGGAUUAAAGGAGCAAAUGCAUGUUUAAAAAAAAAAAACUUAGCAUAGUGCUGGGCAUAUGAAGAAAGCACUCAUUAAACAUUAGCUAUUUUUAUUGGUAUUCUCACAUAAACAGAUAUACUCAGAUAUAGGUGUUUCAAUUUGUGCAGAAAUGAGACCAUGCUAUGCACAUUACUCUGAAACUCGCCUUUCUUCACUUAUUGCUACAUCAUGGGCAUUCCUCUAGGUCAACUCAUCUUUAUAAGGUUAAUUAGCUCCUUUUAAAAUGGCUACAGGAUAUUCCAUGGUUUGACUAUUCCAUAAUUGUCUUAUUUCCACUUUACAGAUAAAGAAACUGAGACUCAGAGAACUGAAAGUGUUUGCAAAAUAGUUGCUACCCCUCCCUAUCAAGUCUUCUCUUCUUCCCCUGUCUCAGGCUUGGUUUUGUGACACUGUGACACAAUUUGGCCAAUGAAAGGUGAGUGGAAAUGCCCAUAGGUAAAGCCUUAAGAGCCACCCCAUGGUGACAGCUCUCACCCUCGUCUGUAACAUACACCAGCAAUAUCUCAGACAGAGGCUGCUCCUUCAGCCUGGGUCUCGAAGUAAAGAGCUAAGGUGUAAAUCAGGAAGGAAAUGUAACAUGCAUAUGAAAUAAACUCAUGUUGUUUUAAGCCUCUGAGAUGCUGGGGGUUGUUUGUUGCCACAACAUGAUUUAGAGAAUGCUAACACAAUGUUUCCAGACUUUCAAGUGUUUUGUCAUUCAUUACAAAUAUUCAUCAUCACUGGUUUGGUCAAGCACCAACAUGCUAGUCAAUAAAGAUGUGAGUUGAUAAAAUAAUCAGGAAUAAUCACCUCCCUAACUGUAUUUUUUAAAACUAUCAAUAGCCUCCUCCUCAAGUUCCAAAUAACUGGCGAAGGAUAUGAUAAUAUCACAGAAAAGAUAAGUCUACCUAACCCAGUAGGUUGAGGACCAUCCUUUGUGUGUGGGAAGCCUCCUAGGUAGGUCAGUAUUAUAAGAACUUUGACCCAGUUUCUUCAUGUUGCAAACUACAUACACACAAACAGGCAACACUGUGCUAAAAGGCAGUAGUUCCAAGAAAAACCAUCAUUGCUACUUAGAAAACUGCAGGGAAGGCAGGCAAAAUGGAGAGGAAAUUAGAAUAAAUGGGACCUUAGGAAGUCUAAUUCCAGCUUCGCCAUGUAUCAGCUCUGAACCUCAGUUUGCAAAGAAGACUGCUGUGAGGAUCCAAUGAGGGACAGCAGGUGCAGUCACGACUAAUAAGAAAAAGAAACAUGUAUUCUGAUUUUUUUAAAUUACAUGUGGAAUACAUGUUCGUUGUAGAGAAUUUUAAAACAAACAGAGAACAUAAGAAAGAAAGUGGAAAUUACCCAAAAAUCACAACCAUUGACAUCCUGAUGGUUAAUCAGCUAUAUUUCCUUCUAGGUAAAUGCAUACCCAUAUUACAUAUUAUACUUGUACAUCACACAAAGCCUUCUGAAUGCAUUUAUUAAGUAUAUGCAUACAUAUAUUACAAGACCUUCCCUCUCAGGCUCAUUCUCUCCAUUCUUCUUCCCAGUUUACCUUUUUGUCCCUCCAAACAUGCCCCAUAUUCAAUAAUAUCCAGGCCUUUGUACAUGCACUCCCUCUUCCCAGAAUAUUCUUUCUCUCUCCACUAUCUCCUCUUUUUCUGGCUACUCCUCAUCUUGGAGGGCUCAGUUCCUAGAGGAUAAUUAUCUGACCCUGACCCUUGUCAGAUUUCCCCAGGGAACCUAAAGCAUCCUGUUCCUUGUUUUUCAUAGCAUUGCCAUACUGGACUAGUCUUGCCUCUUUAUUCUAUUUUCCUUGCUAGACCCCAACUUGUGGGCAGGUACUAUGGCUUUUUUCACCAGGGAUUACCAAAGGCUGUCCCAUAGUAAAUGCUCAAAAUUUUUUGAAUAAAUGAGUAAAAUACUUAACAAUAUAUGCUAUCUAUUUUUCUUCUGAAAUCCCCAAAGCACCUUACAGUUCUCAAUAAAUACCCACUGAAAGAUUAAAUAUGGAAGAGUAUGUAAGACAUGGUAACAUGCUUCAUGAAGUUUAUAAAUUAGAUGGGAAGAAAGCAUUGUAAAAGGAACCUCAGCACAAUUAAAUGCUAUAUUCUUUUCUUCUGCCUCCUCCACUACUUUUCUUCAAACUAGAAAGAGCAGAACAAAAUCCCUAAGUUCAGUUCCACAUUUGUUUCUUCAUUGAGGGUAUCCUGCAGCACUAACUGAAAUAAAACAGCAGCUUUAACACAUAUGCUCCAACAUUUCAGUGGCUCAGCGCAAUAAAGUUGAUUCCUCAUUCCAUCAAAAUCCUAUUGAGAAUAUUUCUGGUCGAUAAGAAACCUUUCACAUGGUUAUUCAGAGAUCUGGACUACUUCUAUCUGUGGACCUGCCCUUCUCUACGACCUUGGAGACACAGAGACGAGGAGAUGGGGAGAGACGGUUUUAUGAGCCAAGCCUGUAAGUGAUACACAGCACAUUCACUGCAUUGACUAAAACUCAGCCACAGGUAUUUAGAAAGGAGGCCAGGAAAUGUAGUCUAUCUGUACAUACAAGAGGAAAAGAAAAGAGGUUUGGUGAAAACUUUGUAGUUCUUCGCCACAGCUGAUAAGGGAGUACCUAAUCUUCUCAAGUGACCCAAGACCAGGUAAUUUUGAUUUAUGGAUACUGAAAACACCCAUUUUUUGACAGAAAAAUAUCCAUCUAAUAGUGGACAUGAGAAUGUAUCAUUCCAGGUUUAGGAAUUUUGAAGGUAAAAAAAGGUCAAUUCCAGAAAUGAGAAACAGUGAUGUUAAUUACCAUUCCAGAAUUCUAAAUGAGAUUCUUUAAGAUGGCUUUUAUGAACAUUGAAAAUAAAAAUGAUGAUUACUAUAAGUACAAUGAGCUGACAAGGAAUUAUCAUAAAUGAUAAUUUAUGGCAUCGUUUCUGGCACAUAGUAGAUAAUAAAUACAUGUUGAGCAGGGGAACUACAAUUCUACUUUUAAGGCAACUAUCCUAUUGAUAAAUAAUUUUAACUUCAGAAACUUCCUUCUUAAAUAUAGGAAAGUUUUCUUCUCUAACUUCUAACCAUUAGCCUAGCUCUGACCUCAAAACCUACAGAGACUCCUAUGGGUGCUCUAUUGGUCUUCCCCCUGCCUUCUCCAACCCACACUUCUCCCAGGCAAAUAAUCCCAGUUCAUUCAAUUCUUCUCCACAAGACAAGGUUUCAGGCCUCUCACCAUUUGGCUGUCCUUCCCACAGAUAUCUGUGGUUGGCCAAAUUGCUUUCCAAAUUUGAGGCCCACAAUAUUCCCAAUGAUGGGACCCAAUGGUGUCCAACCAGUAGCAUUUAGUAGAAUUACUACUCUUGGCUUUGGGCAUUGUGUCCUUACUUUGUGACUAGAAGUAUUUAAGUAGUGAAGAUGCUAGCAAAGGAAUUCCUGCAUUGGAAAAAAGGCAGGACUUGGAAGGUGACCACUAAGGACUCUUGCCACUUUAUGAUCCUAUAGGUUUUGUAGAAGUUCUGAGUAGAGAAAAGGCAUCACCAUAAGUGUGAUAAUGUAUACAACAGUUACACAUUCCUCCUUGACAAAAACCUUGAAGAAAAUCCAAGAGGACUUCCACAAGGGCUCCGAUGUAUAAAAAAGAUGUAUUGGGUAUAUUCUCUGUGCUAAGCAUGCUAGAUGCUAUGGAUACAGUGGAGACCAAGAGAUACGGUUUUUCUAUAUUCUUGACACUUGGCAUCUAGUGUGUGAAAUGGACUUUAAUAAGACAGUUUAAAAAAAUACAUAAUUACAUAAAGAAAUAUAGAAUAAUACUUUUUAAAACAUUCUAUUGUUAAGAGAAAAUCACCAUUUCCCUUGCCUCCGUUUUCCAUGAUGGGACAUCUGCUAAAAUAACCCUCUUAUCCUUUCUCUCCAUCCUUUAUAUAUACUCCCCAUGGAAAGAAAAGUAAUUUGAGUUAUCUGAUUUCUGAGUUCACAAGAAAAACCCAUGCAUGCCCCCCUCGGAAACCGGCUCUCUCUUUUCAGAGUCAAUUCAUCCAAAGGAUGUAUACACUCACCGUACCUCUGGAGAAGGUCUGCAACUGUCCAUCAUUGCCAGGAACCAGUAGGUAAGUUUAAUGCAUGGGUGAAACAUCAGUGCUAUGGGUUGAAUGUUUGUCUCCUCCAAACAUCAUGUUGAAAUGUGAUUCCCACCUGUUGGAGGUGGGGCCAAAUGGGGGGUGUCUGGGCCAUGGGAGCAGAUCCUUCAUGAAUAGAGUAAUGCCCUCCCUGGGGUGAGGCAGGGAGUGAGUUCUUCUAGCUCUAUUAGUUCUCAGGAGAGCUGGAUAUUAAAAAGAGCUUUGCACCUCCCCCUUUUCUCUCUUGCUUCCCUUUUGCCCAUGUAAUCUCUACACACCCAGAACCCCUUCACCUUCUCUCAUGAGUAGAAACAGCCUGAGGCCCUUACCAGAUGCAGAUGCCCAAUCAUGAACUUUCCAAGCAGCAGAAUUAUGAGCCAAAUACACCUUUUUUUUCUUUAUAAAUUACCCAGCUCAGGAAUUCCUUUAUAGCAACACAAAAGAGACUAAGACAAUCAGGAAAUCCACUGUGGCUUCCUGUUUGCCAUACCCUCCAAACCAGUUUGUAUUAGCUUUCACAUUGAUAUUUUGAUCCCCACUCAUCUGAUUCCUGUGUCUAACUCUCAGCUGGUUCUUAACUCCAGAAGGUGAGAAAGGGGUGUUAUUCAUAAUCCUUCUCAAAGAAAAGUUAUAGGGACUUAUGAGAGUAUAAGGAGAAAUCUAAUUUACAUGGAGAGAGGGCACAUUAGGAAAAAUCACAGAAAGUCUCUUUGUCAUUUAAGCUAACAUCCAAAGAAAGAUAGAAAUUGGCCAAAAAACAAGGAAGGGUUAAGAGGGCUCUUAUAAAGGUUCUUAGACAACAAAUAGUUUGUCUUAUAUGAGGAACAAAUGAAGGCUAGUGUGGGAGUCAUUAGGACUGGUCACCAUAGGAUUGUGCUUCCUGGUCCCCCUGUGGCUUGGCUGGGCUGGGCCAUGAGACUAGUUUUAGUCAAUGAAUGUGUGAGAAGUGACAUGUGACAUUUUUAGGAAAAGACACUUAAUUGCUGUGAUGAGACCCUUCAAAGCUGCCUUUCCUUCUACCACGAGAUCUGAAAUGUUCCUGAAAGUGGGUGUUCCAUUAGCCUGGGUCCUAGAGGAAGGUGAUGUGAUCAGAGUGCAUGCCAACCCUUGCUGGACAUAUUGCAGGAGCAAGGAAAAAAAAAAACUGUAUUUCUUAAGUCACUGAGGUUUGGGGGAAAAAAUGAUUUAAUUAUAGCAUAUGAACAUAUAGGAACAAGAAAAAAACUUUAUUUCUUAAGUCACUGAGGUUUGGAAAUAUUCUUAAUCAUAGCAUAACUUAGGCUAUCCUGAUUGAUUCAGCCAAAGGCAGUGUGGCUGGAGAAAAGUGAGAUGAGAAGUCCUAGCUCUUUUAAGCUAAUAGGAUGCCUUUAAGGAGGCUUCCGCAGGGGAAUUUGACAUUUUCCAAAUAUUAUGUAUUAAAACAAGGUACUAUUGCUACUCAAUCAUUAAAACACCCCCUUCAUUCCACUAUGGAAAAGGCUAUUUAAAAAAAAUCCAUCAACAAGCAUUUACUGAGCCCCUUCUAUGCUUUCAUAUGCCAGGCUUUGUAUUAAGCAUUGGAGAUACAAAAUAAGAAUAAGACACAGUUGCUGGAUUUGGAGUCAGGGAUUUAAGAAGACAUUUACAAGAUCAUGUGAAAAACAUUCUCUACUUCAGGUAUGUACCCAGUAUGGUGACAGCCAAAGAGGAUAAUAACUAUUCGAGGUGAAGCAGGAGAUGGGGUGAGGGAAAGCUUCAGAGGUAGUGAUUAUUUGAGCUGGCUCCUGAAGGGUGAAUAGGAGUUUGCCAGGUAGCCUUUUGAUUAGGGAUAAACGUACAUGCAAAGACAGGAAACUGUCAGAGCAAUGGAAAAUGUCUGGGGUGGCAGCGACUCAAAGGAAUGGAGGGAAUGUGGAGUGCAGGGUGUGGUAGACUGCAAUACUAUUCAAAAAUACUUGCUGCCCCUCCUCACUGACAUCAGGCUCGGUCAUAUAAAUUGCUCUCAGCAUAAGCUUUAAGAGCCAUGCUUUUUUCUGUCUGCCAUAACAGUAAUGUUUUAGAAAGAGCGUGCUUCAUUAACCAAGGUCUUUGAGCAAAGAUCAUGUGUGUAAAUCAGAGACACAGCCAACUUAUGGUGGAUGUAUUAGUCUGUUCUCACACUGCUAAUAAAGACAUACCUGAGAUUGGGAAAUUUAUAAAGGAAAGAGGUUUAAUGGACUCACAGUUCCACAUGGCUGGGGAGGCCUCAAAAUCAUGGCAGAAGGCAAAGGAGAAGCAAAAGCACAUCUUACAUGGUGGCAAGCAAGAGAGCUUGUGCAGGGCAACUCCCAUUUAUAAAACCAUAAUAUCUUAUGAGACUAAUUCAUUACCAUGAGAACAGUAUGGGGGAAACUGACCCCAUGAUUCAAUUAUCUCCACCUGACCCCACCUUUGACAUGUGAGGAUUAUUACAAUUCAAGGUGAGAUUUGAGUGGGGACACAACCAAACCAUAUGAGUGGACAUGCAAUAUGAGUGAGAAACAAUUCUGUGAUUGUAACCCAGUAAGAUUUUUGGAUGGCUAACACAGCAUAACCUAGAGUAUAUGGAGGUGUGCAUUUCCAGCUCUUUGACUUCUGGGUACCUAGUAGGAUUGCACUUUCCUGCACCCUUUAAGUAAGGCAUGGCCAUGUGACUAAUUUUAGCCAAUAAUAUGUAAAUACAAUAAGAAGUGUCAUUCCUAGGAGGGAGCUUUUAAAGCCAAUGUGAGUUCACCAUGCUUUCUUUCCCCUGCCAAACUGAUGCGAUGAUUGUUGAAGCAUGUAUCAAGAUGAAACUUUCUUCAGACUAGGUUUCUAAAUGAGCACAUUAAGCAGAGCCCCGUGAACUUGAACAUGUAGUAUGAGCAAAAUAUAAAAUUUAUUUUUAAGCCACUGAGAUUUUAGGAUUGUUUGUUAUGGCAGCAUAACCUAAACCAUCCUGACUCAUAUAAAAAUUGGCUCCUAGAUAUGGGUUAGUGUAAUAACAACAAUAAGCAUAACAACAAUAAAACUAAACAAUCAUUUAGAGGGUGAUAACUAAGAACACUGCUAUCAGAAGCUGAAGGGAUGGUGAUCUGUUUGGUAAACAUAUCACCUGUGAUAAUGUAGAAGGCAGAUCAUGAACCUGAUGAACUAAAGAAAAGGAUUGUAAAACAGAAAGUGAGUAGUGUGUGUUGGUGGCUGUUGGAUGCAUUCUGAAAGUUACUACAAGCUAUUCAAAGAUGAACUCAGAAAAAUUUGGCCUGUUUGCAAUCAGCAAUGAAAUGGAAUAGAGAAAACCUAUAAAUCCAGGGAUUUACAUCGUUAGAAGAGGCAAUUGUUUCCCAGUCCCGACUGGUAAAAUAUAAAAUCAAGAAAUACUUUCAGCAAGAAAGGACCUGGAAGAAACUAAGCUUUGAAGUAAGGAUCAAGUCACAAAGUAUGAACCUACUAUUAAAACCUCAGGAUAGGAGGCCGAGGAGGACGGAUCACCUGAGGUCGGGAGUUCGAGACAAGCCUGACCAAUAUGGAGAAAUCCUGUCGCUCCUAAAAAUACAAAAUUAGCCGGGCGUGGUGGCACAUGCCUGUAAUCCCAGCUACUCAGGAGGCUGAGGCAGGAGAAUCGCUUGAACCCGGGAGGUAGAGGUUGCAGUGAGCCGAGACUGUGCCAUUGCACUCCAACCAGGGCAACAAGAGUGAAACUCCGUCUCAGAAAAAAAAAAAAAAAAAAGGAUCAAUUAAGAUCUUACCCAGUACAUACUUUCAACUGGACAAAAUGGCUCUGGGAAAAGGAAGAAAGGUCUAACUCUCCCACCAAAACCCAAUAAGCCCAAAGUGCUCAAAAUCAAGUGAAGAGCAAGAGAGUGAGACAGCAAAAGAGAGACAGAGGAGUCAACAGGCAGGAGAGCAGGAAAGCAAAGAGAUAUGGCAAACCAAAGAAGUAUGUCUGGAAAAGAACUUUGUGGCUAUUGUCACAUGGAACACCUCAUAUCAGAUAGAUAAGAAGCCUACCUACACAUAUUCAAGACUUAAUGUCACUCUGCAUCUCCCCGACUUUUAAAAGCUUAUUUAAAAGAAUAUUUUCCAAUGCCUGCUUUAGCUGUGGAAAAGGAAGACUCUCCGAGGGCAAAUCCAGGAGUCAUGGAAAACAAUGGGCAGGGCAGCUUGGUGCUGUGACUGGAUGGGUCUUUAAGGUUGUUUCCCUUGAAUAAAGAAUGAGGGAAUUCCACCAGGGGAAGGAGAGUAGACCAAACAUUUGGUGAACAGAAAGGGAGACAGAGUCUUUAGUGUUAUUCCCCAAAUAUUUCUGGAGAGCCCUUUGAGACACCUGGUAGGAUUAUAGUGAUCUAAAGAGGCAUGGCCAUGUGACUGCUUUGGCCAAUGAUGUAUGGGCAGAAGUGAUGUGUGCCAUAAGUGGAUGCUCUGACAGCCAUGAUGUUCCGAGUUCCUUCCCCACAGUCAGGAUAGCUGUGAAAAGGGGUAUCAACACAAGGCCUCCUUCAGCCUGAGCCCUUGAGUGACUACAAUGAGCAGAGCUACCCCGCCAACCUACAACGGUCAUGUAGCAGAAAUGACCAACUUUCACUGGAAUAAGCCACUGAUAUGUUAGGGUUGUUUGUUAGGGCAGCAUAACGCUGCCUUUCCUGACAGAACUGGGAGUGAGAGAUAAGGCUGGAGAGAGAAGGAGUUAGAUUGUGAAAAGCCCCUUCUCCAAGGCAUAGGAAUCGGAACUCUCCUGAUUGUAAGGAAAAGCCAAUGAAAGCUUCCAAGCAGGGGCGUUAACAUGAACAGAUUUGUUAUUUUUUUGGAUGAAAUAUGCUAUUUCUCAACAUAAGGAGAAGAUCAGCCUACUAAACCACAUGAGGCAGAGAGGAACACACAGAACCUUAGGCAAAAGAUAUAUAUUUAUACAAAGUUCUAAGUCUUGAAAUUUCUAAAUACAGGAGCUCUGAACGGAGUUACAGUCAGAGGAUCCAGCAAGAAAAUUUCUUCUAUGCCACAAGCGCUAUUUCCUCUGCAGAUAACUAAUACUCCACAAGAAAGUUUGCCAGAGUAGAGAAAAUACAAAGGAAUGUAACACAGACCUGAGGUCAAUUUCCAGCUGCCUGUGUGACCUCAACAAAGAUACUUAACCUCUCUGGGCCUAUUUCCUCACAUGUUAAAUCUGGAUAAUAAUAUAUGUCUCUCAAGACAGUUGUGGGGAGAAAACAGCGUAUUUAAAUUGCUUAGGAGAAUGCCUGGCAGAUAAGUGUUUAAUACAUGAAACUGAUUUUUAUUACUGUUAUUAAAAACUAUUUAGAACACCAACUCCCUGAAUACAACAGAAAAUGAUUCAGGGCAACAGACAGAGGAGAAUGUUCUCUCCUUGAGGAAGCAACUGGAUCUUGUCAUCACUGUAUACCUACCCCACCCCCUCCCCAGCUCAGUGCCUGGCUCACAGUAGGCUUUCAGUUACCCUCUGCAGAUCAGUGAAAGCUAGGUGAGUGCCCGGAGUGAAGAAAAGUUGGCAGGUUUCCCACUGAUACCAGCUGCUGUUGGUUUCUGAACACUCAAAGCCGCAAAUACCUUAGGGCUGGGGGCAAUGAACCCAAGGCUGAAUUCCAAGUUCAGAAGCAGCGAAGUCUGAAUUUAGAACCUAGGAACUUAAACCUGCUGCAGGUCCAACUUCAAGCCCCAGUUCUAGACAGAGGCUUGGGAAAGAGCUGACUUCUAACCCGGUUCCCCCUCCCCUCCUCCCCUCGAUGCUUCUCACAGGAAAGUACACCUGGUCCUGCCAAAUCGCACUCUUAUAUCCUGGCAUCCUAUCCAGGCUCUGCGAGGAUGGAAACUGCGAGGCAGGGGAGGGAAGCGGGCUGUUUGGCCACCACCUCCCUAGUGCUGCAGGCGACCCUGUCACACUAACUCCUGGCAGCCCAGUGAGGUGGACGGCACCGGCCCCACCUGCAGAUGAGGGAAAUGAAGCUCGGAGGAGUUCCGUGAUUUGCUUGCUCCACAUUGUGGUAGCCUGGCCACGAAAGAACCAGGAUUCCCGACUUCGGGAUUCUUUCCACCACACACUUUCGUCCCUAAGGGGUAGGGGGCGGGGGGAGAAUAAAAUAACCGCGGAAAAGGAACCACUUACAUGUGUCUAGCGCUUCCUAGAGGCUACCCAGGAUAUGCGCCCACCACCCGGCCGGGAGUGCAGAAAUUUGAAGUCCAGGUUCUACCCCGGGCUCCGAGUACUACUGCGUGACUUUAUGCGAGUGUCCGCCGCCUUCUGGGCUUGUUUUCCCGGAAGCAACUCGGCGCGGAUGGAGUGUGUGUGUGCGCGCGCGCGCGCGUUAUGUUGUGCGUGUUGUGUUAAGCGUGUGCGUGUUGUCCGGGGGCGGGAGGGGGAGUAGACUAACACCGGGGUUCCCCGAGUUUCGGAUCGCCUACACGCUUGUUCCCAUCUGGACCCUGUUACCCACCAAUUGCGCCCACUAUAAAAACUGCCCCUCCGAGGCAAAGCUGUGAACCCCCGCGCCCUUUCCCCCACGGUCCCGUUGGAUGAAGUGGGGUGCAACGGAGACUCAGCUGAGCGUCCAGUUUCGGGCAAUACAAAUCUCUAGGCUUCUACGAGCAGCCAGACGACCCCGCGGACCGUCGCUCCUGAACUUGACCGAGAUGCAAACUUCGGAGCGUUCUCAACGUGGGGGGCCGACUCUCGGGAGACCGCCCCUAAACUUAAGUCUCCUUAGGCUCGCCUCCACCUGGGACUUCACAGAGCCACCUUAAGGGCGGUACUCCCGCCCCCCCGGAAGUGCGGGGGGGGUGGCAGCGUACUUGGAUUCUCAGCCUCCAGCCCCGCGCGGUGGCGGCCGCCGGUGGAUGACUUCGGGCCCCACAAGUGGGGAAACAACAACCACCCCUCGCCCGCACCCCUGGCCCAAAACAACUGGCCAGGUUCCCUGGCCUCCCGGGUCCCUGCAUCCCCCGCAUCCCCGUACGCAGCCGUGAACUUGAGCCCCCCUCCGUCAGAGGUUGCGAGCGUCCGCCCGCUCGCGGCAGCCACCGUCACUAGACAGUCAAACCCCAAGACGUCAGCCCACAAUGCACCGGGCGGGCCGGGAAAAACGGCCCGGGGAGGGGACCGGGGAAGAGAGGGCCGAGAGGCGUGCAGCAGGGGGGAGGGUAGGAGAAAGAAGGGCCCGACUGUAGGAGGGCAGCGGAGCAUUACCUCAUCCCGUGAGCCUCCGCGGGCCCAGAGAAGAAUCUUCUAGGGUGGAGUCUCCAUGGUGACGGGCGGGCCCGCCCCCCUGAGAGCGACGCGAGCCAAUGGGAAGGCCUUGGGGUGACAUCAUGGGCUAUUUUUAGGGGUUGACUGGUAGCAGAUAAGUGUUGAGCUCGGGCUGGAUAAGGGCUCAGAGUUGCACUGAGUGUGGCUGAAGCAGCGAGGCGGGAGUGGAGGUGCGCGGACUCAGGCAGACAGACAGACACAGCCAGCCAGCCAGGUCGGCAGUAUAGUCCGAACUGCAAAUCUUAUUUUCUUUUCACCUUCUCUCUAACUGCCCAGAGCUAGCGCCUGUGGCUCCCGGGCUGGUGUUUCGGGAGUGCCCAGAGAGCCUGGUCUCCAGCCGCCCCCGGGAGGAGAGCCCUGCUGCCCAGGCGCUGUUGACAGCGGCGGAAAGCAGCGGUACCCACGCGCCCGCCGGGGGAAGUCGGCGAGCGGCUGCAGCAGCAAAGAACUUUCCCGGCUGGGAGGACCGGAGACAAGUGGCACAGAGUCCCGGAGCGAACUUUUGCAAGCCUUUCCUGCGUCUUAGGCUUCUCCGCGGCGGUAAAGACCAGAAGGCGGUGGAGAGCCACGCGAGAGAAGAAGGACGUGCGCUCAGCUUCGCUAGCACCGGUUGCUGAACUUGGGCGAGCGCGAGCCGCGGCUGCCGGGCGCCCCCUCCCCCUAGCAGCGGAGGAGGGGACAAGUCGUCGGAGUCCGGGCGGCCGAGACCCUCCGCCGGCCGGCCACUGCAGGGUCCGCACUGAUCCGCGCCGCGGGGAGAGCCGCUGCUCUGGGAAGUGAGUUCUCCUGCGGACUCCGAGGAACCGCUGCGCCCGAAGAGCGCUCAGUGAGUGACCGCGACUUUUCAAAGCCGGGUAGCGCGCGCGAGUCGACAAGUAAGAGUGCGGGAGGCAUCUUAAUUAACCCUGCGCUCCCUGGAGCGAGCUGGUGAGGAGGGCGCAGCGGGGACGACAGCCAGCGGGUGCGUGCGCUCUUAGAGAAACUUUCCCUGUCAAAGGCUCCGGGGGGUGCGGGUGUCCCCCGCUUGCCAGAGCCCUGUUGCGGCCCCGAAACUUGUGCGCGCAGCCCAAACUAACCUCACGUGAAGUGACGGACUGUUCUAUGACUGCAAAGAUGGAAACGACCUUCUAUGACGAUGCCCUCAACGCCUCGUUCCUCCCGUCCGAGAGCGGACCUUAUGGCUACAGUAACCCCAAGAUCCUGAAACAGAGCAUGACCCUGAACCUGGCCGACCCAGUGGGGAGCCUGAAGCCGCACCUCCGCGCCAAGAACUCGGACCUCCUCACCUCGCCCGACGUGGGGCUGCUCAAGCUGGCGUCGCCCGAGCUGGAGCGCCUGAUAAUCCAGUCCAGCAACGGGCACAUCACCACCACGCCGACCCCCACCCAGUUCCUGUGCCCCAAGAACGUGACAGAUGAGCAGGAGGGCUUCGCCGAGGGCUUCGUGCGCGCCCUGGCCGAACUGCACAGCCAGAACACGCUGCCCAGCGUCACGUCGGCGGCGCAGCCGGUCAACGGGGCAGGCAUGGUGGCUCCCGCGGUAGCCUCGGUGGCAGGGGGCAGCGGCAGCGGCGGCUUCAGCGCCAGCCUGCACAGCGAGCCGCCGGUCUACGCCAACCUCAGCAACUUCAACCCAGGCGCGCUGAGCAGCGGCGGCGGGGCGCCCUCCUACGGCGCGGCUGGCCUGGCCUUUCCCGCGCAACCCCAGCAGCAGCAGCAGCCGCCGCACCACCUGCCCCAGCAGAUGCCCGUGCAGCACCCGCGGCUGCAGGCCCUGAAGGAGGAGCCUCAGACAGUGCCCGAGAUGCCUGGCGAGACACCGCCCCUGUCCCCCAUCGACAUGGAGUCCCAGGAGCGGAUCAAGGCGGAGAGGAAGCGCAUGAGGAACCGCAUCGCUGCCUCCAAGUGCCGAAAAAGGAAGCUGGAGAGAAUCGCCCGGCUGGAGGAAAAAGUGAAAACCUUGAAAGCUCAGAACUCGGAGCUGGCGUCCACGGCCAACAUGCUCAGGGAACAGGUGGCACAGCUUAAACAGAAAGUCAUGAACCACGUUAACAGUGGGUGCCAACUCAUGCUAACGCAGCAGUUGCAAACAUUUUGAAGAGAGACCGUCGGGGGCUGAGGGGCAACGGAGAAAAAAAUAACACAGAGAGACAGACUUGAGAACUUGACAAGUUGCGACGGAGAGAAAAAAGAAGUGUCCGAGAACUAAAGCCAAGGGUAUCCAAGUUGGACUGGGUUGCGUCCUGACGGCGCCCCCAGUGUGCACGAGUGGGAAGGACUUGGCGCGCCCUCCCUUGGCGUGGAGCCAGGGAGCGGCCGCCUGCGGGCUGCCCCGCUUUGCGGACGGGCUGUCCCCGCGCGAACGGAACGUUGGACUUUUCGUUAACAUUGACCAAGAACUGCAUGGACCUAACAUUCGAUCUCAUUCAGUAUUAAAGGGGGGAGGGGGAGGGGGUUACAAACUGCAAUAGAGACUGUAGAUUGCUUCUGUAGUACUCCUUAAGAACACAAAGCGGGGGGAGGGUUGGGGAGGGGCGGCAGGAGGGAGGUUUGUGAGAGCGAGGCUGAGCCUACAGAUGAACUCUUUCUGGCCUGCCUUCGUUAACUGUGUAUGUACAUAUAUAUAUUUUUUAAUUUGAUGAAAGCUGAUUACUGUCAAUAAACAGCUUCAUGCCUUUGUAAGUUA